GUCGUUGGACGGUUAUUGUUUUCUCAACAGAGAAAUUAUUUUAAAUAUUUUGUAUACGGUUUUUAUCAUUUUAGAAUAAAUUAAAAUGUCCGAAUUAGAGAACGACAUUUGUGAAACACAAUACUACGGUUUCAGCGUAAACCAAUUAAUGAUUGAUUUUGAAAUGAUGAUCAAAUCGAUUAUUCGAAAAUAUUUCACGCAAUUAAGAAGUGAAAUUAAAAGUAUUUGUGACGAGAAAUCAUCGAAUAAAAUUGAUAAACACAUCCAUAAUCAAUAUCUGUUGUAUUUAAGUAGCGUAAAAGAUGUUUUGGGCAAAUUUGAAAUUGAAUUGCGAAAUAUAAUGAAAUUACCCGACAGCAUGAUAGAAGAAUUUAAUAAAUUCAGUCGUAAAGUGUCAGAGGAAGAAUGGAAAAAAUUGAUUCAGGAAUUGAAUUCUCUUAAAACUCAGCUUGUUCAAGAAAAAGUUUUUUUAGCAUCUUUGGAAGAAAUGAAAUACUUUGCUGAAAAGUACGUCGAACCCCAAAGAAAAAAGGUUGACGUUUCCAAAAUAUUAAAUAUUAAAGGAAAGUGUGUUGAAAGGACCAAUGAGGAUAGGAAUAUUCUGAAUUCUUUGGAGAACUUUGAAAUAAAUGACAAAUACAAAAAAUAUGUAAAAAAUAAAGAUUGUUUUCAAAUAUAAGC